GGGGUCUCCCCGCGGGAGCGCGGAGCCGGCGCCUGGUGCUGCCCACGUGCGCCGGUUGUCGCGAGGGCCGGGGAGGACGCAGAGGACGGCCUGGAGAAGCAUGGGAAGGAGGCUGAGCCGGGAUCUCAGGUCCUCGGGGGCGGCGGCCGCGCCACGGACGGCAUUUAUGACAUUAACAGAGAACAGGACUAUGUCAAGAAUUCUGAGGGUAUACUUGGUGAAAAUGAAUUAAGACCACCCUCCCAGCUACCUUCUCUCUUAGAGAAGAUUGAGACAGGGUGUCUGUCAGAAAAGAUUUUUCAGACAGUGUCCUUGAGUUCAGACUCUCUCUUCCAGAGGGCAGUUUCACUCCUUCAUACUUCUUUCUUGGACUCUUCAUCUGAGCAUGGUUUUCAGUACAGUCAAGUGACUUUGGUGAAAAAUGAGAUUUUCUUAAAUGAGUACAAAACUUUUUACCAACAAAAAAAAGCAAGUAACUAUACACAGGAAGAACUUCAAGAUACUUACGGGUUUCUUCUGUUUGAUACUGAAGAGCAGGCAAAAUUGGUAUGUCAGCGUGGACUCCGUGUUGGCAGCAGUGCUGUUACCACUCUGGGUGAUCCAGCCAAAGGUGUAUACAUUUCCAAAUACUCCGACUAUCUUCAUCCAAGACCAUGGUAUCAUGGGAAAUCUGGUUAUAUUGUAAUUUUUAAUCUAAUUAAGGUAAAGUCUAAAUGUGCUGUUAUGUGAUUUCUUUUUAAAGUUGAAGGCUAUCUGCCUUUAAUAUUCUCUGUAGAUCUUAGCUGAACAUAGUCCUCACUAAAUUUAGCUAUCCAAAUUCAGGAAAAGCAAAACUAUGUUUCCUUUUCUUUAAAAAGAAAAUUUUUUACUCAUUUGCUAGAUUGUAAAUUUUUUUUUUUAACUUCAAAAAUAGUGAAAAGGUAUGCAGAGAAAAUUCUUACUCUCACCCGUCAGAGCUACUUUCUAAACAUGAAAUAACAGAAAACAAGUAGCUGCUUAUAAGGUGAUGUGAUCACACUUAAAAAAGAUGAAUUUAAAAAACAGCAUUCAUUGUCUAAUUUAAAUGGUCAAUAUAAUCUUUAUUUUCUUUCUCCAUUGACAUCCAGAUUCACAGCUUCAUGUGGCACCUAGAACUGAUGAUGUCACAAAUCCUAACAUGCCCUAAAUGGUACCGUUUAAGUGAAUCAUGCAAUUAGAAUUUUCAGCCAAACAGAAGGGAAACUGAUUUUUUUUAUGUGAUUGGGCUUCUGAUGACAUUUCUGUGGUCUCAUUUUAUUGUUUUUGUUUUAGCUUUCUUACUGUCUUAAAUUCUUUGGUUAUCAGCCUAGCACUAACUGACCUUUAAUUUAAAAAAAAAAAAAAAAAAAAAAGAAAGAAAGAAAAAGAGCGUGAACUCUUAAUAUUGUAAAGUUUGUUCUAGUAAACUGGUGGGAGAGUAACAUUGCUUUGAAGUACAAUUACUGGUUUUCCUUCCUUAAUCUUAUCUUGCUCUGUGAUGAGUGCUGCAGAAAGUAUGGCUACCAGUGCAGAUAAUAAGCAUUUCGGUUUUUACUUAGAUUAGAUUAUGCCUCAGCCUUGGUUUCUUGCCACUGGCUGGAGAUUGCUGUUUUAGCCUCUGUCCUCUCAAUCUUCAUUUUAUUUCACAACAUCGAACCACACCUAGAACCGUAAAAUGUUUGAUGAGGAGAUGGUAGAGGUGAUUGGUUACCUAUAAGUACUAUUUGUAUUUUUUGGCUUAGUGGUGGUUUGGCCUUUGGUGGUUCUAUAAAUGAAGAGGCAGGACUUAACAACAAAACAUUUUCGCUUUUGAACAUUUUUUAAACAUUUUCGCAUUUGAACACAGC